ACAGAAGAAAAAAGUAGCAAUUAGGUAACUGCACUCGACAAAGUUUCGACAAUUUAACUGCAUGCUUGUAACAGAUAAAAACGUGAUAUUACUAUGAUGACCUCUAUCUCGCAGGACGGCGACAGAGACAAGCUGCGGUCAGUGUCUGUGGACCUGAACAAUGACACCCCUCUUCUCAUUGAUAUUCCCGAUGCCCUCUGUGAGCGUGACAAAGUCAAGUUUACAAUCCACACCAAGACGACACUAAACUCCUUCCAGAAGCCGGAUUUUUCUGUCUCACGGCAACAUGAGGACUUCAUCUGGCUUCAUGACACGCUUGUGGAGACUGAGGAUUAUGCUGGCCUUAUCAUCCCCCCUGUUCCUCCUAAGCCAGACUUUGAGAGUCCCAGGGAGAAAAUGCACAAGCUUGGAGAAGGGGAAGCUACUAUGACUAAGGAAGAGUACACUAAAAUGAAGCAGGAACUGGAGGCGGAGUACCUGGCUGUGUUUAAGAAGACUGUGCAGGUGCAUGAAAUUUUCCUCCAAAGGCUCUCUUCUCAUCCAGCCUUUAGCAAAGACAGGAAUUUCCAGAUAUUCUUGGAGUACGACCAGGAUCUUAGUGUGAGGAGAAAAAAUGCCAAAGAAAUGUUUGGUGGCUUCUUCAAGAACAUGGUGAAGAGUGCUGAUGAAGUCCUCAUCUCAGGAGUAAAGGAGGUCGAUGAGUUCUUUGAGCAGGAGAAGACAUUUCUCCUCGAUUAUUUUGGCAAGAUCAAGGAUGCCACUGCCAAAGCAGAGAAAAUGACGCGGUCUCACAAAAACCUUGCCGACGAUUACAUUCAUAUUUCUGCAACGCUGACCACCAUCGCUGCGGAUGACAACGAAGCUUUCAAAAGGCCUUUGGAGAAGAUUGCAGAACUUUUGGAGAAGCUGAGGAAACUGGAGGCCAGGGUAGCAUCGGACCAGGAGCUGAAACUGACUGAACUGUUUAGAUACUACAUGAGAGACAUUCAGGCUGCCAAGGACCUUUUAUAUCGGCGUGCGCGGGCCCUUGCCGACUACGAGAAUUCCAACAAGGCCCUCGACAAGGCUCGUUUGAAGAGCAAGGACGUCGGCCAGGCCGAGGAGCACCAGCAGCAGUGUUUGCAGAAGUUCGACAAGCUCUCUGAGUCUGGCAAGAAGGAGCUCACAAGCUUUAAGGCCAGACGUGUGGUGGCCUUCCGCAAGAACCUGAUCGAAAUGGCUGAACUGGAGAUAAAGCAUGCUAAGAGCAAUAUGUCCCUGCUGCAUGCCUGCAUUGAGCAGCUCCAGAGUAACUGAGCCCCAGCCUGAUCGGCCCAUGCCAGCCUGCCCAAAGGCAAAAUGCAGAAAACCUUCCUCAAGCUCUCGUAGGCUUCCUUAACCACUCCAAGGGCCUACACAAGGACAGCACAUCAUGCCUCCUCCACGUUUACAGGACUGCACCUCUUCCUCUGUCCCUUAAACACUGCUGCGAGAGCUCCUGACCGCGCGACCCUGAGACACAGCUGAGUCCAGGCAAAAUGCUGUGCACGCUCUCCUUAGCGCCUGGCUUUUUUUCAGCAGUAACAAACCAACUCUCUUCUUUGCUUAGCAGCGUCUGUCUGCCCUCUACCUUGCUCGGCUUUUCACUUGACAUUUACUUCUUACCACUCGCAUUCAUGAGCCAGAACUGUUGCACGAAAAAGCUAAAAACGGGACAAACUAACAAUGUGCCCAAAAUGCUUACAGUUCUUUAAAAAAAAUCACCCCUUUGAUUCAUAGCUUUGGCUUUUUUUGGAAUGUGAAAAAUGGGUUCCAGAAGAUAUUUUGCAGAAUGAAAUAUAAUUCACAACACUUUCACAAUACGUUUUUUUUUUUUCCAUCGUUCAAUUGACUUCUUUCAGUUCUUAAUAUUAGUCUUCGCAUGUUUUGUGCACUUUAUAUGUAAUUGGUGGUUACCCAGGUUCAGAGCAGGAUUCCAGUUUUCUGCAUUUAACUUUGACUGACUUGCUUAACAUGCAAAGUAUCAUUGUAUGUUUGCAUACCUUAAUGCUAACACCACCUAGCCCUUCUGCUUCAAGUGCUGUGUGUGAGAUGGCUUCCCCCUCACACUUCACUUGCUGUAGAGACUCAUGAUGACCAACUGCAUAAUGUUAACAGCAGACCAAAUAUCCAUAUGGCACAAGGACGUAGUUACUGUUUUGUAAAAGCACUAUUGGGGAGAAAAAAGUACUUUUCAAUCAUGUUUGAGUUCAGGUUUUUGAAAACAUGUUGGUAUUUUGAUAACAAUGUAUUUCUAAUGGAUUCAGAUGUGCAGUUUCCUGUGAAAUGUCUGUUUUGUAGAGGAAAAAAAGCAACUUGUGAUCAUGGCAUUAAAUAAGUCCUGUUUUCCAAAUCCGA